GACGGAUGGGGUUAGGUCCCAUCAUGGCGGCUGAAGAGGCGGAUGUGGAUAUCGAAGGGGACGUGGUGCCAGGCGCGGCACAGCCAGGAAGUGAUGAAAGUACAGCAUCUGUUUUACAAGAUCACUAUCUUGAUUCAUCAUGGAGAACUGAGAAUGGUCUUAUUCCUUGGACUCUGGAUAGCACCAUCAGUGAAGAGAACAGAGCUGUCAUUGAGAAGAUGUUGUUGGAAGAAGAGUAUUACUUAUCUAAAAAAUCACUUCCAGAAAAAUUCUGGCUCGAUCAAAAGGAAGAUGAUAAAAAAUACAUGAAGAGUCUACAGAAAACAGCAAAAAUCAUGGCACACUCUCCUACAAAACCAGCCAGUUACUCAGUAAAGUGGACGAUAGAAGAAAAAGAGCUGUUUGAACAAGGGCUGGCUAAAUUUGGCCGAAGGUGGACCAAAAUUGCAAAGCUAAUUGGAAGUCGCACUGUUUUACAAGUUAAGAGUUAUGCCAGGCAGUAUUUUAAAAAUAAGGUAAAAUUAGAUGGUCCAGAGAGGGAAAUACCUAAUCAGAAGAGCGGCAGUGAUCUUCAGACUAAAAAUGAAGAUGAAGGCACAAAGGCAUGGAUACCAUCAAGUUUAAGGGGACGUGCUGAUCCCAACUUGAAUGCUAUAAAAAUUGAAAAGUUAUCUGAUGAUGAAGAAGUAGACAUCACAGAUGAAGCAGAUGAGUUGACUUCUCAAGAUCCUCAAAAGAAUCCUAGCAAUGAUGUCUUAUUAAACAUUUCUAAUAGUAAAAGUCAUGAAACCAGUCAAGGGGAAUUUAUUGCUUACAAUCAGGUAUUGGAAUCUUCCAAGGAAUAUUUUCAGAAUAUAAAGCAAGGCGAGAUGGAAGCACUUCCAAGUUCAGGAAGUAAAUUUUGGACUGAAAAACAGAGCAUUAGUGACAAAAAAUCAGUUGAAUUAAAUGAUCAGAAAUGUAAUAAACUGAUGAAAAUCUCUGAAAAACAUGAUGGAAAUGGAAUAAUAGAUGAUGCCAGGCCAUUGCCUUCUCCAGAGCGUUGUGAAAUUCAGAAAGACUUGUGUGAUAAUGAAAUGCUUUUUUAUUCUUCCUGUCAAAUGGAAGAGGAGAGCCAUGAGGAAGAAGAGCUUAAGCCACCAGAACAAGAAGUAGAAAUAGAUAGAAAUACCAUUCAAGAAGAAGAAAAACAAGCAAUUCCUGAGUUUUUUGAGGGGCGGCAAGCUAAAACACCAGAACGCUAUUUGAAAAUUAGAAAUUACAUUUUGGAUCAGUGGGAGAUAUGCAAACCGAAAUACUUAAAUAAGACCUCAGUACGUCCUGGCCUGAAGAACUGUGGGGAUGUUAAUUGUAUUGGACGGAUUCAUACAUACCUCGAGUUGAUAGGAGCAAUCAAUUUUGGAUGUGAACAGGCUGUAUACAACAGGCCACCACCAGUUGACAAAGUACGAGUCAGAGACCGAAAAGAUACAGUGGAAGCAUACCAGCUUGCACAGCGUCUGCAGUCUGUGCGCACAAGGAGACGUAGGGUCCGAGACCCAUGGGGAAAUUGGUGUGAUGCAAAAGACUUAGAAGGACAAACUUUUGAGCAUCUCUCUGCUGAGGAAUUGGCAAGAAAAAAAGAGGAAAAAUGUAAACCUGUUAAAUCCUCAAAAGUACCAAGACCAACAAAAAGCUCAUUUGAUCCCUUCCAACUGAUACCUUGUAAUUUUUUCAGUGAAGAAAAGCAGGAGCCAUUUCAGGUGAAAGUGGCUUCAGAAGCACUUUUAAUAAUGGAUUUGCAUGCUCAUGUGUCUAUGGCAGAAGUGAUUGGUCUGCUAGGAGGAAGAUACUCAGAAGUUGAUAAAAUAGUUGAAGUCUGUGCAGCAGAGCCCUGUAACAGUCUGAGUACAGGACUACAGUGUGAGAUGGAUCCUGUCUCGCAAACACAGGCCUCAGAGACCUUGGCUGUGAGAGGCUAUAGUGUUAUUGGAUGGUAUCAUUCCCAUCCUGCCUUUGAUCCAAAUCCUUCCUUACGAGAUAUUGACACUCAAGCCAAAUACCAGAGUUACUUCUCCAGAGGCGGUGCAAAAUUCAUUGGAAUGAUUGUUAGUCCUUAUAAUCAAAACAAUCCUUUACCUUAUUCCCAGAUUACCUGCCUGGUUAUAAGUGACGAAAUUAGCUCAGAUGGCUCUUACCGGUUACCUUACAAAUUUGAAGUACAGCAGAUGCUGGAAGAACCUCAGUGGGGAUUAGUGUUUGAAAAGACAAGAUGGAUAAUAGAAAAAUAUCGGCUCUCCCAUAGCAGUGUCCCUAUGGAUAAAAUCUUUCGCCGGGAUUCUGACCUGACUUGUUUGCAGAAACUUUUGGAGUGUCUGAGGAAAACUCUGAGCAAAGUGACUAAUUGCUUCAUUGCUGAAGAAUUCUUAACUCAAAUAGAAAAUUUAUUCCUUUCCAAUUAUAAAAGCAAGGAAGAGAAUGGAGGGACUGAAGAGAACUGUGCUGUGGGUCCAAAGGAAUUGUUAAUGUAAUUAUUUUUAAGGAAGAUCUUCUGAUUUCGACUCCUUCUUUGCAAGUAAUAACCUUGAAAGUAUUGUAACUCAGCUAAUGGUGGCACAACUUUAGUAUUUUUUCUCUAGUCAUCAAAAUCCAAACUUUCCCACAUAAAUCCUGUGACACUUUUUUUCACACAGCAGUUAUCAGAGUGCCAUGUGAAGCAGGGUGUGCCGCAGUCUGCAGUCCCACCACGGCCGGCAGGCGCUGCUGGGGACUCUGAAGGGCUGUCUGUUUUUCUGGUGUAUUCAGGUUGAUAAAUGCAAUGUAUCUCUAGUAUUUAUUUCUCCCCAAA